GCUAAACUUUUCCUCUUGUGCCACGUUACAGCGCAAGGUCAUUCGGUAAAGAGGAAUGCACCGACAUAAAGAUUCAUGAAUGGAUUUGUACUAACAAGAAUCCUCAGUUUAAUAUGGAGCUAAAAUCAUGAAAGUUUGAUGCUAUUAGUGGGACCAAAAUGUCUUCACAUGCGAACCAUCACUCAAACCAUAUGCAGUUUUUCUCGAUUGGUGUGAAUGUUCCGAUUUUGUUCAAGGAAUGGAACCUCAACACGAAAAUAGGCCUUUUUCUGACCUGUAUAGGAAGCAUUCUGUUGGGUAUAUUGUACCAGAUCGUGAAAUGUCUCCGACAGUACGCACACAGGCGAUACCGCAUCAAAGACAGGGGAACUAUUAAGAGCCGGGAGCAUGGUUUACAGACGUUGCUGUAUUUUAUACAAAUGAUCAAUAGCUAUAUACUUAUGUUAAUUAUAAUGACAUUUAAUGUCUGGGUAUUUCUGUCCACCAUUGCUGGACUGGGACUGGGCUAUUUCCUGUGUGGAUGGGCAUAUCCAAUAAUAGAAGAAAAAAUUACGUCAUGUCCGGUCACAUGCAGCAAUGAUAAAUCCCAUCGCCAUGGUAACGAGGACAUGGAGCAAGAAUUGAAGUUGUUACAGAGUCCGUCCGCUGCAGACUGCGAGGAUUGCUCAUUGUGACGUCAUCACAAACAGGACAUAAGCAAAAGAUGGGAACAGCAAUUUUUUUUUUACAUUAUUACAUGUACACGUGUAUAGUUACAUAUCAAGAUCUGAUUUCUAAAUUAUUGUUUAUGGUGCUUUAGUGUUUAUAAGGGUAGCAUGAACUGUGUACUUUUAUUUACAUUGUUUUGUUUAUUGGUUUACAUUUUUUGACAUAAAAAUAAAGUUUUUGUACGAUGCAAUUUUAAA